UCCGAUUCCAACCAUCAAACCACACACCAGACAAUACUUACUACCACUACUACUGCUGCUGCUGCCAGUUCUAGCUAGCCUACUGCUCUUCUCCGAGCUGAAGAUUUUUCGAGCUAGCUAGGAUGGCAGCCAGAAUGGGCAGCAAGGUCGCUGCAAUCCUCGCGAUUCUGUCCGUGCUCGUGGUGCAUGGCUCUUGCAAGGGGCAUCCUGUGAACUACAACGUCUCCGACGCCUCCGCCUACGGCUCCGGCUGGCUCCCUGCCCGGGCAACCUGGUAUGGCGCUCCCACCGGCGCCGGCCCUGACGACAACGGCGGCGCUUGCGGGUUCAAGAACGUGAACCAGUACCCAUUCUCGUCCAUGACCUCCUGCGGCAACGAGCCCAUCUUCAAGGACGGCAAGGGCUGCGGCUCAUGCUACCAGAUCAGGUGCAACAAGGACCCGUCGUGCUCGGGCAACAUCGAGACGGUGAUCAUCACCGACAUGAACUACUACCCCGUGGCCAGGUACCACUUCGACCUGAGCGGCACGGCGUUCGGCGCCAUGGCCAAGCCGGGGCUCAACGACAAGCUCCGCCACUCGGGCAUCAUCGACAUCCAGUUCAGGCGCGUCCCCUGCAACUACCCGGGCCUCAAGAUCAACUUCCACGUCGAGGAGGGCUCCAACCCGGUGUACUUCGCCGUGCUCGUCGAGUACGAGGACCUCGACGGCGACGUCGUGCAGGUCGACCUCAUGGAGUCCAAGUCGGCGUACGGCGGCGCCACCGGCGUCUGGACGCCGAUGAGGGAGUCGUGGGGCUCCAUCUGGCGCCUCGACUCCAACCACCGCCUCCAGGCGCCCUUCUCCCUCCGCAUCCGCAGCGACUCCGGCAAGACGCUCGUCGCCAACAACGUCAUCCCGGCGAACUGGUCCCCCAACUCCAACUACCGCUCCAUCGUCCAGUUCAGCUAGAUCAAUCAUCCACUGCUGAUCGAAUAUGGAAUCAUAUUGGCUCGCGAUCGAUCGAUCGAUCGAUUAGUUUAUUCUCUACUACUGCUGCUGCAAAAUUUGCGUGGGAUUGAGGUGUUUUUUUUUAUUAGGCGAGGCCUCAUGUGCUGUCUGGUCUAGUGUGUGAAGUGGUGAAGUGAUGCAUGUGUGGGAAAAUGGAGGAGGGGCACAGUAAUACAGUAUGUGCAUGUGCUCUCCCGCCCACUGUCACUGUACUACCCAGUGCUUUGUAACCAAAUCUUAAGGCUACAGAAUUAUAAAUACAAUGCUUAAGUUAAUUACCUAA